CCGCUCAGCCCGCCCCUUCCUUGCGGCCCCGCCCCGCCCGCCGGCCGCUGUCAGAGCCGCGGUGUAUGCUGAGCCGCUGUCGCCACCGGCUGCUCCUUGUUCUGGGCCUAAGCUUCCCGCCGCCGAGCCGGGGGCUGCCGCUGCUCUGCAAUCGCCGCCUCAUGAAACCGCUGGUCGUUUUCGUUCUGGGCGGCCCUGGAGCCGGCAAGGGCACCCAGUGCGCGCGCAUCGUCGAGUAUUGGAGAGGCAGAGAUAGGUGGAUCCCUGGGGCUCACUGGCAAGCCAGCCUAUCCUACUCAGCGAGUGCCAGGCCGGGGAGAGACCCUGCCCCAAAGAACAAGAAAUAUGGCUACACACAUCUUUCUGCAGGAGAGCUUCUUCGUGAUGAAAGGAAGAACCCAGCUUCACAAUAUGGUGAACUUAUUGAAAAGUACAUUAAAGAAGGAAAGAUUGUGCCAGUUGAGAUAACCAUCAGUUUAUUAAAGAGGGAAAUGGAUCAAACAAUGGCUGCCAAUGCUCAGAAGAAUAAAUUCUUGAUUGAUGGGUUUCCAAGAAAUCAAGACAACCUUCAAGGUUGGAACAAGACCAUGGAUGGGAAGGCAGAUGUAUCUUUUGUUCUGUUUUUUGACUGUAAUAAUGAGAUCUGUAUUGAGCGAUGUCUUGAGCGGGGAAAGAGCAGUGGCAGGAGUGAUGACAACAGAGAGAGCUUGGAGAAGAGAAUUCAGACUUAUCUCCAGUCAACAAAACCAAUUAUUGACUUAUAUGAAGAAAUGGGGAAAGUCAAGAAAAUAGAUGCUUCUAAGUCUGUUGAUGAAGUAAGUGUCUUGUCUUUGCAAAUUAAGGUCAAAUGAAAAUGUGGUCAUUUC